AUGGAGACGGCCAACCUGUAUUCUUUGUACGUCGGUGACCUUGAUGCCACCGUGACUGAAGCGCAACUCACUGACUUUUUCUCUGGCAUAAAUGGAUUUGUUUUUGCUGUACUUUGUAAGGACAAUAACACCGGACAAUCUCUACGUCACGGUUUCGUAGACUUUGCUGACCUGGAAUCUGCAAGGGUAGCCAUGGCUACAAGGAACAAUACACUUAUGAAUGGUAAAGCCAUUCGAGUGAUGUGGAGACAUGAUGAGUACAAAACAAAUGAGGAUGCAAAUCUUUUUGUCAAGAACUUGGACUCCUCAAUCGACAACAUGAAGCUUCAAGCUAUUUUUGCAAAAUAUGGAAAUAUUUUGUCUUGUAAAGUUCAAGUGUUUGGCAAUGGAAACAGCAAAGGGUACGGCUAUGUUCAGUUUGAAACACCAGAAUCUGCCAAAAAAGCUAUUGAAGAACUUAAUGGUCACGAUAUCGAAGGAAAGAAAAUCUAUGUUGAUCAUUUCAAGAAAAAGGAGGACAGAAUUCAAUCUGAUGUCGGAUAUACAAAUCUGUACGUGAAGAAUUUGAAGCAGAGCGUGACGGAAGAAACUUUGCAGGAAAAGUUUUCAGUGUUUGGAAACAUUACCAGCUUGGUUAUUUCAAGAGACUCCAAUGGAGUUUCAAAAGGGUUUGGCUUUGUAAACUUUGAGAGGGCAGAGGAUGCCAAAAAGGCUGAGGAGUCUAUGAAUGGAGCACAACUUGAGUCAAAAGUGUUAUAUGUAGCAAAGGCACUGAAGAAACAAGAGCGGCAACAUAUGCUUCAGCGUCAGCUUCAGGGAAUGUCACAGGCGGAGCAAAUUCAACAAAACAAGGGUUUCAAUGUAUAUGUAAAACAUAUAAAUGAUGACGUUGAUGAAGACCAACUGAAAGAAUUUUUUAACAUAUGUGGAAUGGUCAAAUCCGUUAAGAUUAUGCGAAAUGAUAAUGGAAUAAGUCGGGGUUUUGGUUUUGUAUGCUUUUCCAAACCCGAAGAAGCUGAGCGAGCUAUCAGAAUCCUCAACGGUAAGUAUGCAGGUGCAGCUUAUUAA